AUGAAUCAGGAGGUGGCCGUGGGAGUCAGAUUCCGUCCAACUGAUGAAGAACUCAUCACGUAUUAUCUUUAUAUGAAGAUGAGCGGCCUUGAAUUCCCUUUACCUAUCGUUAGAGAAGUUGAUAUCCGUAAUUACAAUCCUUGGGAAUUGCCCGAGCAAUCCAUACUCGAAGAUGAUCAAGUGUGGUACUUUUUCAGUACACCUUCUAAAAAGUAUGCCAACAGUAAACAGAUGGCCAGAACAACUAGUGAGGGAACUGGAUACUGGAAAAUAACUGGUAGGGAUCGUGAGGUCAAGAACAAACGUAGUGGGGAGGUGAUUGGUAUCAAAAAGACUUUGGUUUUCUACGAAGGUCGUAAUCCUGAUACAGUCAGAACCAGCUGGGUGAUGAAUGAAUUUCAUUCCAUCAACGCCGCUUCUUCUCAGGCAUACCUUUCCUUCUUUCUUAUUUACUACUUCAACUAG